UUUUGACAUACAUAUUUCAAUAUUGUCAAAAUUCAGUCCCAAAAUAUAAUAAAAUUAUGUAAAAACACCAAAAAUUCUAAUAAACCAAGAAUAUAAUGCACUACACUUUUAUGAACCAAUCCAAGAGUACCCACUGAAGUAGAUAGAGAGUGAACCCUCAGUACUGGUUCGACGCAAGAUCCUGUCUUCAUCUUCAGUCAUGGAUGAGCCGAAACGAGACGAGAAGUCGCGGAGGAAUGCCGGAGAGACCUUCAGCGAGGAACAUCAGGAGCAGUAUGAGGCGAUGGAGAAACAGAGCAGGCCUGACCUUCCGGAGGACCUCGCCAGCCAGGUGCCCAGGCUGAACGACGUGCUGAUGAAGCGGAGACGAAUUGCCAAUCCAAAAUUAAUCCAACUAGAAAAGGCACCUCCGAAGAAGCUAGUGUCAUCAGGGAGAAACAAAAUUGCAUCAGAAAACAGAGACGACACCGAAACACCUCACUACGACUCUAAAUGUGACGCUUGCCGCAAUCUGAAAUGCCUUGAAAUACUCCAGAGGCUAGACUUAAAACCCCCGUGCCCAAGAUCGAAAAAGGUUUCAAACCAAAGAGUAGAGAAAUAUAUGAAUCAUAGACAACAAAAGGCGGGAAGAAAAUCUAGGCAUAGACAAACUUUUCGCGCGAUUAAUAAAAAAGAUUUGAAGCGGAUAACUAGGCAAUGUGUUCUGGCACGCUCUCUUAGCAAGCCGUCUAAAGAUACGGUAAGGAGUCGAGCUGCCGCAUCGAAUUAUUCGAUUAAAACCAUAUAUCCUGACUCCAAGAAUCCAUCGGUGACAAGUUACCACAGUUUCGGAUCGAUGUCACAGGAACCGAUGGUCUGAUCCAACCUUGUUUAUUGUAUAUUGAUUUGACUCAAGUUUUUUUUAUGAAGUACUUACAUGAUUUAA